AUGCAGCUGAUAAAGAUAGCGAUUGAAGGAUGUUGUCAUGGGGAAUUGAAUAAAAUAUAUCAAAGACUAUCUGAUAUUCCUGAUAUUUCUCUUCUUUUAAUAUGUGGAGACUUCCAAUCAAUACGAAAUGAAUCAGAUCUACAAAGUAUAUCAGUUCCUGAAAAAUAUAAACGUAUGGCUGAUUUUCAUGAAUACUAUAAAGGAGAAAGAAAAGCCCCAAUAUUGACUAUAUUUAUCGGUGGUAAUCAUGAAUGUUCAUCAUAUUUACAAGAACUUAAAUAUGGAGGUUGGGUAGCUCCAAAUAUUUAUUAUCUUGGAGAAUUUGGUAGUUUAUGGUAUAAUGGAAUACAAAUCACUGGAUGGAGUGGAAUAUUCAAUUAUCAUUCAUUUGUUAAUCAGAAUAUCCAAAUGGAAAAAAUACCUUAUGAUCAAGGAAGUUUAAGAAGUGUUUAUCAUACGAAAUUACAAAAUUUCUUGAAAAUGUAUAUGAUGAAUCAUGAUAUGGAUAUUAUAAUGAGUCAUGAUUGGCCAGUAGGUAUUGAAAGAUAUGGAAACCAAUCGAAAUUAAUAAAAAUGAAACCUUUUUUCAAAGAAGAUAUCAAAAGAGGGGAAUUGGGAAGUCCUUUGAAUAAGUUUUUAAUUCAUUAUUUAAGACCAAGAAAUUGGUAUUCAGGACAUUUACAUGUAAAAUUUGAAGCCAUUAUUAAAAAAGAUCUGGGGAAAAUCAAUGAUAAUGAAUUAGAAUUGAAUAUGGAUGAUGAUGAGGAAGAAGAAGAAGAAGAAAUGGUUAAGAAUAAACAAGAAAUUUCAUUAGAUAUGGAUGACGAUGAUAGUGGUAUGGAUAGCAACAUACAAGUUGGAUUUGAAGAAACGUUUCAUUUUGUUCAAUCAGGUGGAAGUAACAAAAAGCUUAAGACUGAACUAACACCAAAACGUGGACUUUGUGAACAUGAUACCAAAUUUUUAGCAUUAGAUAAAUGUGGUAAUAAAAGAAAUUUCUUAGAAGUGCAAACUGUGGAAAUCACACAUCCAACUCAUCCAUCCGCGGGAAAGUCAAGGCUAUACUUUAGUAAACGAGCAAUUGCUAUUAAUAGAGUAGUUGAAUCCUAUUUACAACAACACCAGGAAGAAUUUUACAAAAUAGAUACCAAGGAAAUACUUCGCAACCCACACAAUUUCCCUUUGGUUAAUGAAUUAAUGAGAUUGGUUGAUUUAGAAGCUAAAAAAUUAUCCACUUCUAUGAAUGAUGAAGAGUUUAUUGUUCCUGAAAAUUUCGAAAUCAUUGCCCCCGUGAAGUGUAAAGAUGAAUUGAAAUACUAUCCUAACAAUCAAACACAAGAAUAUUGUGAGAAAUUUAAUAUCCCUAAGCCUAAUUGUCUUCUAUAG